AUGUAUACUCCAACAACUUGUCUACUAUUGAAUUAUACUGUACAAUCUCAUCAGUGCGAAGAUUGUAGUUAUGGGUCGUGCAAAUAUUAUACAUGCUACAAUGAGUUUUUUCAAGCAACGUAUCCAAUUGCAAAUGGCACUUAUAUAAUAUCUACAACCUCGAGUAUAGAUAGAUCUGAACCGCAUCAACAAACACAGAUAAAUAAUGCGUACAAGUGUUUUUACCAGUUGAAUAAUGUCAUUCUUCUCCUGAUGGAACUCCCAAAUAACAACGCAAAUUUGGUACAGCUGAGCGUUGCGUUCUCCUUUGCUGGUCUAUGGAUUUUAAUUUUGGUUGCGUUGCUUAUGUUAUACUUAACGGCGGGUUGCAAAUGCUGCCAUUGCCGGGCUUUAUUGUCAAGUUGUGUAGCUCGGCUUCGCAUCGCGAAACAGCAAGUGAAAAAUAAACUACAAUUCACCAGUAAGAACGACAUAGAGAUGACUACAAGAACAUAA